CAUCAAAGCUGCUCUGCGUUCGACUUCUUCUGUCUGAGUUUUAUCAGCAUCUGCGUGGAGCCACUGCGCGUGCUUUUAGCCAAAAAAAAACCUUCAAACUGUCUCGUGCUGCUGUAGUUUAGUUUGUUAACAGUUUAAUGAUGGCCAACGACUCUGUGAAACUCUCCAAAAACCUCUUACGCAUGAAGUUCAUGCAGAGAGGUCUGGAUGCUGAGACGAAGAAGCAGCUGGAGGAAGAUGAGAAGAGGAUCAUCAGUGAUGAGCACUGGUAUCUGGACCUGCCGGAGCUUAAAGCCAGAGAGAGUCUGAUCAUAGAGGAGAAGAGUUUUGUUCCCUGUGAAGACCUGAAGUACGGUCGCAUCUCCUUCAAGGGUUUUAAUCCAGAAGUCGAGAAACUGAUGGCUUUGAUGAAUCCAAAAGAUGAAGAGGAGAAACAGGAAGAAGAAGACAUCAGCCGGAUGCAGACGGACGUCACAGAUGAGGAAAUGGCUCUCAGGUACGAAAGUUUAGUGGAAAGCAUGAAGAAGAAGUUUGCAAAGAAGCGCGAGAGAGCAACGAUAGAAGAGGACGACGUAAACCAAAACGUUGUAGAAACCAACACAAAGAGAGCCUUUCUGAAACCUCAGGACUAACACCAACAUGUGACGGACUUUUUUAUGUAAAGGACUCAAAACAGAACUUUUUUUUUUAUUAUUACAUCAGAAAUGACACAGAGAACAUCCAUGAGCAGAAUGUUCAGUGUUUUAAGGCUGAUUGGAUGUUAUACAUCCUGUUUUUUAAAGAAAAGAUGUGUCUUUGAGAGGCUGUCAGAGAUGUGAACACAGUGUUUUUACAGUCUGUGCUACGUGA